AGAGAGAUAGAGAGAGAGAGGGAGCGCAAGCACGAAUAAUGGCUCCGCCCUCUUCCUAAAAAAAGCGGUUUUCAGUUCGAAGCGGUAUUUCGAAAAGCGGUUUUACUCGAGCCGAGAGCAGUUUCUUUGCAUUUCAAGAACAACGCCAUUUGUACGGACACGAGGAGAGAGGGAGAGGGGUUUUACUGGCAAACAGGCAGUGCUGCUGAGCGGUUUAGCGAAUGAGCGGUUUUCUUUAAGCGGUUUUUUCUGUAUUCGGGGAAGAGAAGUGGUUUUGGGCUGAGGAAGGAAGAGAGCCGGGAGAAGAUGAUACCGAGAAAACCGGUCUUGCUUUUGCUCGUUUUUACAGUUCUUGCCCCUCUCGUUUUAUACACAGACAGGCUCGGAAGCUUCUCGAAUUCCAGUAGUAAGAACGAAUUUCUUGAUGAUGCUUCGACUCUCAAUUUUGGCGGUGAGAUUGGGAAAUUGAAUGUCCUUCCUCAGGAAUCAUCGAAUGUGUUGAAAGAACCAGUCGGAAUCGUUUAUUCUGAGAACUCCGCCGACUCUGCUUCAAAUUCAGAUGAAUUGGAUUCUGACGAAGUGACGGAAGAAUUGCCACCGGGGAAAUCUACAGAGCAUACGAGCAGAGUAUUAUCGGCAACUGAUGAACAGGAUGUAUCUGGAGAAAAGAAUGUCAUUGAGCAAGUAACGGAUGAGGUUCAUGAAGAGAAUGAGAGCAGUGGAUUACAGAAACAAAAGACGAAUGUGGAAAAUGGAAGCGAAGGGGGUGAAGAUACAAAGAAGGAAGAGAAACAAAGCUUGUCUCAGCAGAUGCCUGAAACCCGCUCGGAGAAACAGAAAAAUAAACAUGAACAACGAUCCUCACUAAGUUCUGACAAGGUUGAUCUGAAAGAACAUGGUAAGACUGACACUGAGAGCAUGCCAGAUACCCGUGUCAGGCAUCUUAGAGAUCAGUUGAUCAGGGCAAAGGUUUUCCUUGGCCUCAGUCCUAUCCGAAACAACCCUCACUACACGAGGGAGCUCCGGUUGCGGAUAAGAGAAGUUCAGCGAGUUGUUGGUGAUGCAACGAAGGAUUCUGAUCUACCAAGGAAUGCCAAUGAGAAGCUGAAGGCAAUGGAACAAACACUGGCCAAGAGUAAGCAGAUUCAAGAUGACUGUACAGCUGUUAUAAAGAAGCUUCGUGCUAUACUCCACUCGACAGAAGAACAGCUAAGAGUGCAUAAGAAGCAGACCUUGUUCUUAACACAACUUGCGGCAAAAACUCUUCCCAAAGGUCUUCACUGUCUUCCCUUGCGCCUCUCCACCGAGUACUAUACACUGAAUGCUAGCCAACAGCAGUUUCCCAAUCAAGAUAAACUGGAAAACCCCAAACUGUAUCAUUAUGCGCUCUUCUCAGAUAACAUAUUGGCGGCAGCAGUGGUUGUGAACUCGACUGUGUUUCAUGCCAAGGCGCCUGCAAAGCAUGUUUUCCACAUUGUUACAGAUAGGCUUAACUAUGCAGCAAUGAGGAUGUGGUUCCUAGCCAACCCACCCCGCCAAGCCACUAUUCAGGUUCAGAACAUUGAAGAAUUUACAUGGCUGAAUUCAAGCUACAGUCCGGUUCUCAAGCAACUUGGAACUCCUUCAAUGAUAGAUUAUUACUUCAGGACUCACAAAGCGAACUCCGAUUCAAACUUGAAGUUCCGCAAUCCCAAGUACCUUUCUAUUUUAAAUCAUCUCCGGUUUUACCUACCCGAGAUUUUCCCAAAGCUCAACAAGGUGCUCUUCUUAGAUGAUGAUAUAGUCGUGCGGAAGGAUCUGACCGCCCUUUGGGCACUCAAUCUGAAGGGGAAGGUCAAUGGUGCGGUUGAAACUUGUGGAGAAAGCUUCCACCGCUUCGAUAGGUAUCUCAACUUCUCGAAUCCUCUCAUUUCGAAGACCUUCGACCCCCAUGCUUGUGGAUGGGCAUAUGGAAUGAAUGUAUUUGAUUUGGUGGAGUGGAGGAAGCAGAAGAUAACAGAGAUCUACCACUCAUGGCAGAAACUGAAUCAUGACAGGCAGCUAUGGAAAUUGGGAACUCUACCCCCUGGUUUGAUAACAUUUUGGAACCGGACAUUCGCCCUAGAUCGAUCAUGGCAUGUUCUAGGCCUUGGCUACAAUCCAAAUGUCAACCCAAAAGAAAUCGAGCGGGCUGCUGUUAUUCACUACAAUGGAAACAUGAAACCGUGGCUCGAGAUAGGCAUGCCCAAGUACCGUAACUACUGGACGAAGUUCAUCAACUACGAGCAAGUCUAUCUGCGUGACUGCAACAUCAAUCCCUAGAAGCAAAUGGUAUCACAAACACCUUGGAUUUCCUUUCUAAAACUGAUAAGGGCAAUUUUUUUGCUGGCCUUUUUUCCUUCUGCUGCAGUAGGGUUCUUCGAAUUUGAAAGCUCUUGUUACGAUUCUUUCUGCAAUCUGCACACAUGCAUCCUCAUAAUGUCAUGUACUGCCGUGAUUCCUUACAUCUUUGUCCAUGCUAUCCUUUUUUGUUUCUCUGCAUAAGUGCAGAUAUAUUGUACAUGUUCAGAAAUUAGAAUGUUAGUGAUUCAGUUAUACAAGGUUAGUUUGUUUUCUCAA